UUCUCUUCAGCUCGGGCAGCGUGGUUCAGCCGCUGAGCCGGCUGGUCGUUGAUCUCUUCUCACAUGUGAAAGCAGCUUUUCCCGGUGCAAAAUCCGAGCCGAAGUGAAAAGGUAGCCUUCAGUCAUCAUCAUCAUGUGUGGCAUAUGGGCCCUUUUUGGAAGUGAUGGAUGCCUCUCUGUUCAGUGUCUCUCUGCUAUGAAAAUAGCCCACCGGGGCCCAGAUGCUUUCCGGUUUGAAAAUGUCAAUGGCUUUACCAACUGUUGUUUUGGCUUCCAUCGUCUAGCAAUUGUUGACCAGCUAUAUGGAAUGCAGCCUUUAAGGGUGAAAAAAUUUCCCUACUUGUGGCUGUGUUACAAUGGAGAGAUCUACAACUUCAGACAGCUACAGAAACAGUUUGGAUUUGAUUACCAGACUUUAGUAGAUGGAGAGGUAAUCCUUCAUCUUUAUGACAAAGGAGGAAUAGAAGAAACUGCCUCCAUGCUUGAUGGUGUAUUUGCAUUCAUUUUGCUUGACAGUGCAAAUAGAAAGGUGUUUCUGGGGAGAGAUACGUAUGGCGUUAGACCAUUGUUUAGGGUCCUAACUGAUGAUGGCUUCCUGGGUGUUUGCUCUGAAGCAAAAGGUCUGAUCAACCUGAAACACAAUAUGUCCAGUGCUCCCAAAGUGGAGCCUUUUCUUCCAGGACAUUAUGAAGUUUUGGAUUUAAAGCUAAGUGGGAAAGUUGCAUCAGUGGAAGUGGUCAAAUUUCACAGCCCUAAAGAGGAACCCUUGCAUGCUGUCUACAGUACAAUACAAAAUUUGCCUUCAGGUGUUGAUGUUGAAACUGUGAAAAGCAACAUUCGACUUUUGUUUGAAAAUGCUGUUAGAAAACGUUUGAUGUCUCACAGAAGAAUUGGUUGUCUUUUAUCAGGUGGCUUGGAUUCUAGCUUGGUGGCGGCCAUACUUAUCAAACUCAUGAAAGAGCAAAACUUUUCCUACCCCUUACAAACAUUUUCUAUUGGGAUGGAAGAUAGUCCUGAUCUACUGGCUGCAAGAAAGGUAGCAGCUCACAUUGGAAGUGAACAUCAUGAGGUCAUGUUUAGUUCUGAAGAAGGGAUUCAGUCACUGGAAGAAGUUAUAUUUUCCUUGGAAACAUAUGAUAUCACAACUGUACGAGCCUCAGUGGGUAUGUAUCUGGUCUCCAAAUACAUCCGAAAGAAAACAGACAGUGUAGUCAUUUUCUCAGGAGAAGGAUCAGAUGAGUUGACCCAAGGAUAUAUCUACUUUCAUAAGGCACCAACAGCUGAAGAAGCUGCUGAGGAAAGUGAGAGGCUUCUCAGAGAGCUGUAUCUGUUUGAUGUUCUCCGUGCUGAUAGGACAACUGCUGCCCAUGGUCUUGAACUAAGAGUUCCAUUUUUGGAUCACCAGUUUACUGCUUAUUACCUUUCUUUGCCAGCAGAACUCAGAACCCCAAAGAAUGGAAUUGAAAAGCACCUCUUAAGGGAAGCCUUUGAAGAUACUAACUUACUGCCUAAAGAAAUACUUUGGAGACCCAAAGAAGCUUUCAGUGAUGGCUUAGCUUCUAUCAAAAAAUCUUGGUUCUCCAUACUGCAAGACUAUAUUGAUCUUCAGGUUGAUGAUCUUUUGCUGGAGAAAGCUGCAGAGAAAUUUCCAUUCAAUCCUCCUAAAACAAAAGAAGGUUAUUUUUACCGCCAGAUCUUUGAGAAGCACUACCCGGGGCAUGCGAUUUGGCUCCCCCACUAUUGGAUGCCAAGGUGGAUCAAGGCCACUGAUCCCUCUGCUCGCACGUUGAAGCAUUACAAGUCAGCUACAAAAGAAUAGCUUUUGUUGUAUGUAUAUUGGAAGGGGGAGAAAUGAUUUCUCCAGAGAGCUUGUUAAGCAAGAUGGUUCCUGUUGGCCUAAAAGGGAAAUUUAAAAACAAUGUUUUUUUUUAAAUAAAUGAAUAUAAUAGUCUCUUUAGAUAAAAUAGAAUGUUAUUGCUGAUUCCAACCACUGCCAAUAACAAUAGUUUCUCUUAGCCUUAAGCUGCACUAUGCAACAGCUGAUGUACUCUGAAAUCAAGCUUUGGUAAAACCAAAGCAAGGACUCUGAUUUUAAAUCUUCGUUCAGCUAGUUUUAAUUCACACUGAAGUCAAAUUAAAUUUAAAUGAUCUAAGCAUACAGAGAACUAAUAGUGUUUUAAGUGCACUUUUUCUGCAAUUAAUGAGCUGAAAUAGAUUUUUAAAAAGUGGUAUGUGUCUUCUUGUACAGCUAGUCUUCUGAGUGCAAGUGGUAAAUACAGAGUUAUUUUACAGUGGGAAAGGAUGAUUAAGAUGGAGAACUAACUGUGUUUUUUGUGAGUUUAAGUUCCCCCCCAUAAUAGACUCCAAGUUAUUUCCAACAGUGUGUAUCUGGGAAUGCUGGACUCUUUUGGAGCCUCAGAGCGAUUGCCAUUUUCAAGUCAGAAAAUGUCCCUGUAAGAACUGACACCAUUAGUCCCAAUAUUGACCCAACUCAUGCACAAUUGGAAUAUGCAGGAUUCAGGUUUAUUGAGAACAAGUGUACAGAACAAAAGAAAGCUGUGAUUAAAAGAUUCCUGCCUAAACUCAUUCAUUAAAACUUUCCAAUGUCCCACUCCCCUCUCCUGUCUCUUUCUCACCCAACUUCUAACGGUCAGCGAUACCAGCCGCAGAUGUCUCUGGCAGUACAACCUUGACUCUUUCUGGCCCAAACAACAGUAAUUCACACUCCCUGCAAUUCCCCACUCCCAUCGUCUUCCUUGACACGCGUUGAUCCAUCAUUGCAGAUGAUCACGAUCAGAAGAUUCAACAAUCCUUUGAUUGUGGAGUCUGACAAUCCCUGUGGCCAGGCCUGGACAACCCACAGUUCAUAGCUUUUUAACCAUAUUACAAAUUAUGAUAAUUUGUCUGUCACUGUUUAGAGCUGUGCAGAAGAGAGAUUUCAUAUAACUUUUACAAGAUUCCAAUAUAAUGGCAUGCUCUCAGCAGAAUCCUUUUUACACAAUUGAUGCAACUCUCCAGCUGCAAUUAAGCAUUGAAUCUUUUCAGUAAAGCCUGUAGAAUUAAUCUUCCAAAAUGAGAGGGCUGUUAAAAGCAAAUCCAUAUAGAAAAUGUAUUUUAUAAUUCUAGUUAUGCAGGAGAUUAUUUUAUAAGCUAAAAUUGUCUUAAUAUAACAUGAGGUAGCAGAGAAAAGUUCGUAUUUCAAAAAGUUAAACAGUACUUGAAUAAAUGACUGGGCUUGUUAAUAUAAAAA